AUGGCGACGAAGAUAACGCGCGCAGACUUCGAAAAAGUCUUCCCCUCGCUAGUCGAGGAUCUGCUGGGAGAAUGCCGCAAGUUCAAUCUCCCAGCAAAUGCUCUGCAAUGGUUUGAAAAGUCUCUCAAUGUGAACACACCCACUGGAAAGCUGAACAGAGGAAUGUCAGUACCAGAUACGGCCUCGCAGCUCCUCGGCCGACCUUUGUCCCCUCAGGAAUUCAAAGACCUUGCAACAUUGGGUUGGCUCACCGAGUUGCUACAAGCGUUCUUUCUUGUUAGCGACGACAUCAUGGAUUCGAGCAUAACCCGUCGCGGAGAACCAUGCUGGUACCGCAACCCGGGCGUGGGGAUGAUUGCCAUCAACGACGCUUUCAUGCUUGAAUCCUCCAUCUACCUCAUUCUAAAAAAACACUUCCGCAGCCACGCCGCCUACAUUGACUUGGUCGAGCUGUUCCACGAGGUCACUUGGCAGACGGAACUGGGCCAGUUGUGCGAUCUGAUCACUGCACCAGAAGAUCACGUCGACUUGAACAACUUCUCCAUGUCCAAAUACACCUUCAUCGUUAUCUACAAGACCGCAUACUACUCCUUCUACCUCCCUGUGGCUUUGGCGCUGCACUACCUUGGGUUCGCUACACCCAAGAACCUUAAGCAAGCACACGACAUCCUCAUCCCGCUAGGCGAGUACUUCCAGAUCCAAGAUGACUAUCUCGACGCAUUUGGCGAUCCUUCAGUGAUUGGCAAGAUUGGGACAGACAUUAAAGACAACAAAUGUGGGUGGUUGAUCAAUCAGGCGCUGCUGAUAUGCACGCCAGACCAAAGACAAUUGCUGGACGAGAACUACGGACAGAAGGAUGAUGAGAAGGAGGCAAAGGUGAAGCAAUUAUACGAUGAGCUCCACCUGGAAAAGAGAUACCAGGAUUACGAGGAGAUGCGUGUUGGAGAGCUACGGGGGCUGAUCGCUGCCGUGGACGAGAGUGAAGGAUUGAAGAAGGGUGUCUUUGAUGCAUACCUAGCGAAGAUAUACAAGAGGAGCAAGUGA